GCAGCAGCGACCAGUUGGUCCAACACCCAAAGUCAUGGCGACGCCGAGUUUGUGCCAAGCAGCCUUCGCGGUGUUUCGGCAGAUUGAGCCGAUCAUCGUGCUGGAGCAGCUGGGCAGCACUCUCUUCGACACCGCCCUGCAGAUGGUGGUGAGGGACAGGACCGCCAACAUCACCGAGCCCGGUCACUCCAGCGAGGAGAGCCAGCAGACGGCCAUCACCAACUUCUACAUGACCUAUAACCUCAUCAUCAAGUUAACGCCCAUCAUACCCGCGCUGGUCCUGGCCAGCCUCAGCGACCGCGGCUGGAGGAAGGCGCCCAUCGUGGUGCCCCUGAGCGGGUACCUGCUGUCCAGGCUCGGCCUGCUCCUGGUGGUCAUUUUCGGUCUUCCGCUCAAGCUGAUGUUUGCAGCCGCGGUGGUUUUCGGGCUGUCCGGGGGCUUCAGCGCCUACUGGCCCGGCAUCAUGACUCUGGCGUCGCUCGGCUCCACGGCGGCUGAUCGCUCCAAGGUGAUGAUGAGAGUGGAGCUGGUGUACGGGGUGACCGGAGUGGUGGGCAGCUUGGUGUCGGGUCAUCUGUUCCUGCUUUACAGCUCCAGUCUGGGAAACGGAACCGUCCUGCUCUCUGUGAGCACGCUCCUCAACCUGCUCUGCCUCAUAUUCGCUGUAGCCCUGCUGCAGGUGAAACGAGUGAACAGCGAGGACCCAGAGGAAAGCUACCACCUCCUCACCCACGCCUCCCGUUACACUCGUCUCGCCGGGUGUUUUACUGGGAUAAACAUGGUGAACGUGGUUCUCCUGUUUGCGGCGGCCUUUCUCUACGACUUUGCUGUGGGCGGAGCCAUAGAGGUCCUGGGCUCCUUUGUGCUGAAAUCGCCGCUCAGCUGGACUGCCACACAAGUGGGAUACGGAAAUGCGGCGGGCUGCGGGAUUUUCGUCACCAGCUUCCUUGGCGUCAUCAUGUUCCGAAAAUGCGUCGGUGACGAAACCAUGAUCCUGAUCGGCAUGCUGUCGUUCGCUGUGGGGAUCUACGUCAUGUCCUUCGUCACUACGACCUCCCUUUUCUACGUUGCCCGUUUAUUAAACCUCUUUGCGCUCAUCCCGAUGCCGACAAUCAGGGCCCUGGUUUCUCAGCAGGUUCCUGCGUCACGAUGUGGCAUCGCUCUGACCUGUCUGCAGAUGACUCUGAAGGUGGCCGGCAUCGUUUACAUUCCUGCUUUCACAAAGAUCUAUCAGAACAGUCUGACCUGGUUCCCAGGGCUAGUCUUUAUGAUUUCCAGCAUCAUCACAGUCAUUUCCAUGAUACCCAUCAGCAUCGUCGGUUGCAGGUCGGCUCAGAGGCAACAGUACGUGAGGAUUCAGGGAGACUGAAGAAGCACCACCGACAUGAGCAGUGAGCUCUUUUCAUUACAAGCAAACUGGGAAAUUCAUUCAAGUGUUUAGAACAUAAACAUGCCACUUCCUCAAAGCUGCCAGCGCAGAAUUUUUGAAAUAUAUUUGCCUACCAUAAUUUUCCAUUGUGGUGUGAUGGAUGGUACUUUAUCUGACAAAUAUGCAAAACCCACUGGACAAAAAAAAAAAAAAAAAAACGUUUUUAAGUUUUUGAAAUCAUGUCAAAGGUUACAGGAAAACGUCAUCGUCCAGAUUGCUUUAUCAGAGGUUUAUGUUUAUGGCUUCUGCUAGAAAAGGAGAAGUCAUUUUGAAAAUGACGCACGCAAAAUUUCGACACUUUGGAGAUUUAGGGGGUGAAUCUGAACUGAGAACGUUGCGUAAGUCGGGGUAAUGUUUGGCUCACUCAGGUUUUACCCUCGUAUGUUACAUGUUGCACACUGGAGACUUAUUCACUUGAAGCCAUUUUUUUUUGUCAGUUUGGUACCAGUUCAGAAAUGCUAUUGUGAGACUGGUUGACCCAAUCACCUAAAAUUUAAAAAAGGUCUACUUUUUCCUUUUUUUAUUUUAAACUCAAAACAUCCUUGGAUUCCCUGUUGGGUUCAGGUCAAAGCUCGGCUGGGUCACUGGUGACUGAAUGUUUUUACAUUUUCAUGCUGUAAAGCACUUUGAACUGCAUUGUUGCUGAAAUGUGCCAUAACAUAAACUAUGUUUGAUUAGUAUUAUUUCGUCAGGAGAAAUGUUCUGGGAAAACCAAUGUAUUAUUUUAAGCCUACAUAGCUGGGGGAAUUAAUAAUUUGUGACUGUUGUUUUUAUCUACAGUAUUUAAGAGUACUUUGUUGUUUCUUUUUACUUCAUAUUUGUGUAGUAAAUAAUGACAUGGUGGAAUCAGUGGUGUUUGGUUUUGUACACUUAAGAUGUAAAUUAUUGUUUUACCGUUUCAGCUGUUUACCCAAAAUUAAGUUAAAAAUUAUUCUGUCUAGGAGACUAAUUCCUAUUAAGCAGUGUAAAUAUUCUUUUACAUGAUUCUUAUUUUUCACCGUCACUUUUUAUACUUGAUCACUGAAGUCUGCAUUUGCACUCAAACCAUGAAAAAGGCAUUUAGUUUCUGUAAAAGUAAAACUACACAAUUUAAAAUGCUUUUAUUAUAAUUACUUUAGACUUAUUGCUGCAGCUUAAAAUAAUUUCUCCGUCUUGAAAUGUUCUUAUUGUAGUGUUGAUGCACUACGGGGUGUUUUUACUGUUCAUGCAACCAUUUAAAUGAAAAUAAAGUUUUGAAGACUUAAAACUAAACCAUAUUAGUCCCGUUAUGUUUUGCUGCAUCUUCUGACAUCAUCAGCUUUUCUCGUUGCGCUCAAGUCAAAUCAAACGAGUCGUCAUUUAUCCUCUUUAUUAUUGGUCCAGUAUAUCCAAAAAAAUGUGUUAAAGAUAAAUUGCAUCAAAACAUCAGUAUACAAGCUUAUUUAUAAUUACAACAAAUUAUUAACAUUCGAAUGUACAAUCAGGGACGUAAACAGAGCACACUGGGGUGGAACAGAGAAAAACAAAAAUAGAUCUAAUUAAACGUGUGAGAAGUGGACAUUUGGCUUAAGAGCUUUAAAGAAAAAAAAAAAAAUAACGUCCCCGACUUAAACACCCGUUCAGUCGGUCCGCUAACGAGUCAAAUGGCGGCCGUUGGGAUGCAAGUGGACGAUAAAAAAGUAAAGAAAAACACAAUACAUCUCCCUUAAUGCAAGAGUAACACUUUUACUAACCAAAGAAACGGUUUUUUUUGUUUUUUCCCCAGAAUGAGGUCCUUUGAUGCGCUCGUACCUGUUUAUAAUUUUAAAAACAAAACGAUACUUCUCACUCGGGGUGCGUUUAAAGCAAAUUAAGCAAAAAGUAGACGUGGAAAUUUCAAGCCAAGUUGAGUCCUGUAAGCUUGACAUUGAAGCUCUUCCCUUUGUUUCACUUUUAAUUACGAUUACCGGGAUCCAUUUAAACUGGUCACCAACAUUUAUAUUCUUGCCACUGUUAGAGCUCAGGACCUCUGAGUACCAAUGUAGAGGUUUCCAAUUAAUUAUUUUAUAACAGCGCCCUCUACAAUUAUCAGCACUCCUGGUAAAACAACGUAAAAGAAAAAAUAAAUAAAUUCAGCUUUCUGAAGAAGCAUGAUCUCCUACUGAAAGUCUAAGUCUUUUUAGUCAGCAAGAAAACUAAGGAUAGGAAACUUGUUUUUAAAUAAAGUUAAUUAUUGGCACCGUAACAAUUCCUAUAAAACAAAUGUAACAGAUUAGACAUUUUUUUAGAUUCAUCAGAAUAUCAAGAAACUUUAAAUUAGCAACUGAUGGCGUUCGUUUCAAUGGAGGUAAAAAUAUGACUUUACAGAAGGAGGACAAUUUCUCCUAAUCAUUUCAAAAUGGGAAAGACAGGAAAACUUCCCACUCAAGUCAACUAAACACAUAAUGUACCCAACUUUAUGUCGCCUCCAUACACACACAGGGAAAAAAUAAUAAUACAAUCGUCAAAGCUCAAUGAGAAAACACUCCAGGUGAAUUUACUCUGACACAAACAGGAUGUAUAAUUCACACUGGUAAGUAUUGGGGAGGACGUGUGAUGCUGUGGGCCUUUUUCUCUCCCACAGCGUCACUAGUGGCUCGCUACGUUAGCCACAGCUUAUUUAUGUUGAGAUUAGACUGCUGACAAGGAUUGGCUUAGUUUAAGACUCUUCAAACAUCUUUACCAGAGGUGCCAAUAAUUGUAAAAGUCACUGUUUUUAAGCAAGUAUUCAAUGUAAUAUUAAAAAAAUAGUUUGUUUUAAUACAGCAGUAUCAUAGCUACAAAAAAAGCAAUAACAGGUAUUUGAUCUCGUCUGCUCCCCUCUUUAGUGUGUCGUCAUAUUUUGAUAUUUUUAGUUUGAACCUCCGUUACAGCUGCCUCCGGUCGUCAUAGCUACCUGUAACCGUGAUCUCAAUCCGGCACUCACAUGGCCAAAAAAAAAAGAAAAAAAAAAAAAAAAAAAAGCAUUUUAUUCCCUUCAUUUUUAUCCUUUUUUCACAUCUGAUAGAACAGAUAAAGAAGUAGCUGCUGUAAAAGGUUAAAGGUCAAGAUAGACAAAUAAGAAUGAGGAACAAAAAAAAACAAUGAAGCUGACAACAUCUACAAGUUGCAGACACUAAAUCAGCCUUCGUGUUUGGUUGUAGAGAGGGCAGGUCCGGUAAUGUGGCAUCAGCUUCAAAAAACAAAAACAAACAAAAAAAAAAAAACAAAAA